GCCAAAGCAACUGAAGGAGGCGUGUGCUGCUGCUGCUCUGCGGGUCGUUUGCCUGUAAAAAAUAUUACCAAAUUCACAAUAGAAUCUUAACAGACGGUGGUUAACAAGUAACGAUGGCUGACGGUGACAACAAAAGCGCUAAUAUGCUAGCUCAGGAAACGGCCCAGCUGGAGGAGCAGCUGCAGGGCUGGGGCGAGGUUAUCCUGGCUGGGGAUCGUGUUGUGCGCUGGGAGAAACCGUGGUUCCCUGGAGCCCUGAUGGGUGGCACCACCAUGCUCUUCCUGAUGAUUUACUACCUGGACCCAUCAGUGCUGACUGGUCUCUCCUGUGCUGUCAUGCUGCUCUGCCUAGCAGACUACCUGGUGCCCACCCUGGCACCCAGAGUCUUCGGCUCCAAUAAGUGGACCACGGAGCAGCAGCAGCGUUUCCACGAAAUCUGCGGUAACCUGGUGAAGACUCAGCACCGCACCGUGGGCUGGUGGAAGCGCCUGUGUGCCCUCAAGGAAGAAAAGCCCAAAAUGUACUUUGCCUCAGUGAUCAGCAGUCUGCUGGCAGUGGCCUGGAUCGGACAGCAGGUGCACAACCUGUUCCUCACCUACCUGAUCGUGAGCUUCCUGCUGCUGCUGCCCGGCAUGAACCAGCACGGCGUCAUCACCAAGUACGCGUCCAUGGCCAAGAGGGAGAUCAACAAACUGCUCAAACAGAAGGAGAAGAAGAACGAGUAGUCGAACGAGUAGACGGGGAGAUGUGGAUAGGAAUGUCUGGAAGAUGACACAAAAUGGAAUGGGGAAGGAAGUUGAUUGAAGAAAGAGAGAGGAUAGCAAAAAAUGGCCCCGGCUUCCUCGGUCUGACACUUAUUUUUUAUUUUCACACAUCGGAUAAGUUUCAUUUCUCGUACACCUUUUUUUGACUUUUUUUUUUUUUUUUUAAGUUAUCUGCCAUGCAUGCAGCCACCACCACAUGAAGGUAUCUGUUGUCACACGUUCACACACAGCACUGAAAUGCUCAACACACACAAGUACACACUCUUAGGUGACAUGUGUUUCAUUUUAAGAUGUCAGUAAUGCUUUUAAGCCAUUCCUUCUACUUAGACAACGUGACUACUGAGCAGUUUUGUAGCAUUACUGCAUCAUUUUUAACCCCCCAUAGAUUCCUCACAGUAUAUUUUUCUUUUUUUCUUAUUCAGGACACUUUUUGUCACACAAGGACAGGUCAUGUACAUUUUACCUUUUUUUGUUUUUUUCUGCUUUUGUUAUAUUUAAAACUAAUGCUGAAAACAGAACUGGAUAUAAAGCUGAGCUCUUCAGGAGUUUCUAGAUAAAGCCUACUGCUGUACCGCUGCUAGCUGGGCCCUGUGGUCUAUUAGCUCUUCUUUAAAAACCCCACAGUGUGUAACUCAUGUGGGGGUCUCUGUGUAAAUAGGCCUAUCCCUUACUCUGUCCCUGUAUGUCCUUUUCUUUGUUAUUUAUGUGUUCCUCUCUUCCCUCAAUGUCAUCCUUUGUGGUUUGAUUACUGUCUCAACUCAUUUCAUUAUUUGUCUUUAUUGGACUUCUUUACAAAAAUGAAUAAAGUUUGAUUUAAAUUAA